ACGAGCUUUUUCUCCCCCGCGAUUUUCGACAAUCCCCCCUCCCCCACCUCCUAUCGAUCCGAUCUUGGAAGAAGAACGGAAGAAAGAAGAAAAGAACAUCAGAGUCCCAUGCACUCUAAAAAAAAACGAAGAUACGUGCUCGAACCUCUCAGGUCCCACACCCCCACCUUUCCUUUUUACCAUCCGAUCUGCCGUCCGCCAUCUGCCAAAAACCCAGUUCUUUUUCUCGUGCGUCUCAUCUAG